CAAAAGCUUCCGCGCCCGCCAGCCGCCGGCAACGCAGGACAUUCUGGGGGAUGUAGUUUAUCGUUGUUGGAAGAAAGGUGGGAGGGAGACGAGGCGCUUCAAAGUUGGAGGGAGAAAGGGAUUCCUGCUCUCAGGCCGCUCGGCACGCUGUGGUUGUUUUUUUCCCCCCCUCUCGUUUUCUUUGCGGCUGAGGCGGCUGACGUUGGCUGGCGCGCGCCGAAGCUGAAGCAGCGCCCCGGAGGAGGGCGAAGAAGCGAGCGGCAAUAGGACCCGCCCGAUCGCGGAGCGCUCAUCCCUCUUUCGGAGGCGGCCGCGCGGGGAAGGCGAGCGCUGCAGGGGCCAGGGCGGAUAGCGGCCGCGGCUGGUUGAGAAGCAAGUCGGCGAGAGGCAGUUGAAGGGAUGGAUUGAUGGUUAAAGAUGGAGAGAGGCAGAGGAGGAGGAGGAGGAAGGAGUGUGGGGGGCUCUGGCCUACACAGGAGCAUUUACUCCCAGUCCCAGCAGCAGUAUCAUUAUCCUGCCUCCUCUUCUCAGGCGGGCUGCAUGGAAAUCCAGGAGCUGGCGUCCAAAAGAGUGGACAUCCAAAAAAAGAGAUUUUAUCUGGACGUGAAGCAAAGUUCCCGAGGCCGUUUUCUGAAGAUAGCCGAAGUCUGGAUAGGAAGAGGCAGGCAGGACAAUAUCAGAAAAAGCAAGCUGACCCUAUCUUUAUCAGUAGCUUCUGAGCUGAAAGAUUGCCUGGGUGAUUUCAUUGAACACUAUGCCCAUUUGGGCUUGAAAAGCAGCCAGAGUCACCGGAAUGACCAUGCUAAUGGCAAAGAACAAGAUUCAAGAAGGCGGCAACACCAUCAACUACCCUCGCCUCCAGCUUCAGUGGGAUCUGAGGAACAUCUUCACAGCGUCUUAAAAACUGAAUAUAUCGAAAGAGAUAAUAGGAAAUAUUACCUAGACCUAAAGGAGAAUCAACGUGGACGUUUCUUAAGGAUUAGACAAACCUUGAUUAGAGGACCUGGCAUGAUAGGAUAUUUUGGUCACAGUUUGGGGCAGGAACAGACUAUUGUCCUUCCAGCACAGGGAAUGAUUGAAUUCAGGGAUGCUUUGGUCCAACUUAUUGAAGAAUAUGGGGAAGGAGACAUAGAAGAAAGGAGGAGUGGAGGGGAUGAUCCUCCUGAACUCCCAGAGGGGACUUCCUUCAGGGUAGACAACAAGAGGUUCUACUUUGAUGUGGGAUCUAACAGGUAUGGUAUUUUUUUGAAGGUAAGUGAAGUGAGGCCUCCAUACCGUAACACCAUAACUGUCCCAUACAAAGCAUGGACAAGAUUUGGAGAAAACUUUAUCAAGUAUGAAGAGGAAAUGAGGAGAAUUUACAAUGGCCAUAAAGAGAAAAGGAUGGAUAUCAGAGGGGACAGUGGAGAAGAACAAGAGGGUCUUGAUUAGAAUGUUUUUCAAUGGGCCAAGAAUCAAAGCAGAGAAAUGCCAGGAGGUACUGAUAUGUAAUGGCUGGAAGAAGUUGCCUUUCUUUUUGUAAGUUCUUCCCUGUUAUUAGAUAAUUCCAAUAUAUGGGUCUGGUUUUCAUGUUAAAUUACACCCAGCAACUUCUCUGGUUUCUUAUAGGAACAAUUAAUUAUCCUGUGAUUCUGAUUCUUAACCUCACAAGUUUAUCAAAUAUGUAUAAUACCACUAACUCUGUUGUAAUCUUUAAAGAAUAUGUAUAAGAUUUGUGUUGCAGUGUAACAUGAUGCAAAUAAGCCAGAUGGAAUUGAUGUGUUGUAAUGGUAACCAAGAGCAUUUAUGACCAAAACUGACCUUUAAAUUUUAAAUGAUCGUAUUGGGAAAGGUAUAUUUAACUAAGUAAAUCUGCUAAUUACAUUAUGAUAAAAUAUUUUUAAGGGAGGAAGAAUUGGCCAGUGAUUAAUUUCAUCAUUGAUUAGGUAUGGGUACCUAAUCAUAGGAUAACCCAGUAAUUUAAGUGACCCCUCCAAAAGAUAUAUCUAUGUUAAAUGUUGAUCAUGUCAUCCCUUCUGUAUGGAUUGUUGACAUCUUGUGAGGAGAGCUUAUUUAAAUAGUAUAAAUCUCAAAACUAUUUUUAUAUUUGUGGGGUUAAGUGGUUCUAGCAAGUUGCUGUGAUGUGGGAAUUUGGUAGAUGAAUAAUGGUUGGAAUUAAAAUUCUAAACAGGAAGGUUAAAUGUCUACAGUGUGGAAAAACAUUAGAAUAAUUUCUGAUUUAUCUUCAAAAAAAAUACUUUGAGAGAUUUUGGUGCAUCAGUUAGUUGGUAUCCCGCAGAUCAGAUUCCACAUUGGUGCAAUUGAAGUAUUCAGUAAUAGCUAUUGAUCUUAUAUUGAAAUCUUAGCUCUUAAAUAUUUAUUCCAAAUUAUAAUCUGUAUUUUUAUUUUACUAAACAUUAACCCAUGUUAAAAAAAUAUCAAGAAAAUGACUGGAGAAGCCUGUGUUGGGCAGCUAAUAGAUAAUUUAUCAUGAAACAGAAAUGAAAUAUACAUUUUUUUUGUUUGGCAUCAUUUAAGACUUCAGUUAUCUGUAUUUAAAUGGGAACAUAAUGAACUGAAUACAGUGAAGCUAAAUACAGUAUUGCAUCAACAUGGCAAGGAUUGUGCUGUAAAUCACAUUUUAAAUUGGAGUUCAGAGUGCCAAAGCUUUUGCUUUUGACCUUGAUACUGUGUAAGCUAUUUCUAUGUUGAAAUCUAGUACUUUUUCUUUAAAAGAACUAAAUUGGUUUGUUCAGGCUCAGUAUUCAUUUCUUUUUCAUAUCCAGGUGCUCUGCUAGCCAAGGAGCAUGAUUUUCUAAUUUCAGUUGUAUUCUUCUUGGUAUUUCCAUUUCAGCACCAUUUUAAAACUGCUGUGACCUCCUUUCUCAAGGACUGUUAGUAAAAGUGGAGAUCAUAGCCUUACAUUUAAUUUGGUGUGAAAAGUUGCCCAAAUGCUUUUAUUUAGAAAGAAAAGAAAAAAGAUUGCACCAAAAUCAUCAAAGGAACUUUAGAAAUGUGUGCUCUAGUUGUGACAAAGGAGAAGGAAACUAAUGUCACUGUUUUAGGUGAUUUACCCAAUAUUUGGAAAUUUGACCUAAUGACUAUUUGGCUGUUUCAGAAAUAACUAAUAAUGUUUAAUUUCAACCUCAAAUCUUGUUUUAAUUUUUCAAUUACUAAUGGUCUGUGGGCCAGAGCAAGUCAUGAAAGAUUCUAAGUAAAUACUGGCAUGAAAGUAUACGUUCUAAGGUGGAAAAUUAGAGGUCUAAUGCGCUAUUAUUGAUUUGAUAGCAGACUUGUAGUAAAUUGUCUAAGUCUAAAUUACCAUUCUGCUGAUUUGCUGAUGCACAUCCCAAUGCCUGUAGUAAUAGUAACGUCCAGUUAUACAACAUGGAAUCCAUGAAUGUAUGAAUUCCUGAUGCUCACAUUUUCCCAUCUCUUGCCUUUCUAUUUUUCCUAUUUCAUCAUAUAUAACAGGUUUUGUUUUUUAAAAAAACUUUCAUUAAUUAAUACAUUUUUAUGGAAACUUUACCUUAUCAAAUUUAAUAGAAACAAACAUAUUAAUAUUCUAUUUUUGGUGUUUCAAGAAUGCAUUUCUUCUGCAGCUUUUGUUUAGCAAAUAGAUAAACUGUUAUUUACCACUACAGUAAAAAUGUAUAUUAGUUAAUAUACUGGCUUGUACAAGUUUGCACUACUUUAUCUUGUUUUUGUAUUGAGCCAGAUAGUCAGCAGUCCCUGUUUAUAUUGCUGUCUUCCCCCAUCCCAAAUUUGUGUAUUCCUGUGCCACUAAAGGUUCUGUUUUCCUCUGUAUAUAGGCACACAUUGCCAUGUUCUUCAAAUCAACUAAUGACUUAAACACAGAUAAAUACGGAUGUGAGCAUCUGAGAGGGAUUACACAUGAGCCUUAAAAUUUAUAUAUAUAAAUUGUAUAUAUAUAUGUGUGUGUAUAUAUAUAUAUACAAUAUAUGUAUAUAUAUUCAUCUUAUUAUUGGACAUAACUGGAUGUGUUUAUAUCUUUAAACCCAAGGAUUAUAUGAUCCAAUUUAUAAUGGUAAUAGUUGAAAUGGUCAUUUGGGAAAAAAGUUUCUCUUUACAUCUGACAGUACAUGCACUUCUUUGGAAAGUGGCAAUAACUUGUUAAAAGCUUACAGAAGGAUCUGUUAUGAUGUAAAGAAAUAUUCUUUGCAUCCCAAAAAUGCCAUAUCCCUUAAACUUGAGGAAAAAAAAACUCUAGCUUAUUUGCACUAAAAAAGCGUGGCCAAAAACAAUUCUAGGAGGGCAGGGUGGACAUAAUCAAUUUGUACCUCUUGAAUUAUUUUAUGUUAAAGCCCUGACCUCUCUUUUAAAACUGUAUGGUCCAGACAGAAAGUCUGUCAGUUUUGUGAUUUCAUAAUGAUGCACUUUAUAUUUUAAAAAUAAUAGAAGCACAUUUCUGAUACUGGUCUGGUACAGUGUGUUUCAGUAUAAUAUAAAAUGGUCUUCUGCAUGCAUGUCUGUCAGUGAUUUGUUACAAGGAGUAGAUCAAAUUACAUGGGCAUGAUCAAGAAGAAUAGGCACUACACUACAACAAAUUAUGAGAUAUCAAGGGCAUGUAUUUUUUUAGAAUUGUUGAGUCCUGCUCUCUCCGGAUUUACAUAAUCAACAUUCCUGAAACUCAAAUACUUCAGUGUAUUUUUAAAGAUUCCUGCAGCCUAUGUAGUUAUUGGUUAAAUAACUCUGUCUUAUCUUUUAAAUUGUUGCUGCAUAAUUCCUCUCUUCCUGAAAGAAUUAUUAGGGAUCUAGAUUUUUGUGGCAGCUAGGUCAGUUAGUAGGAGGCAGUGUGUAUGACUGUACUUCAUAUAAUGUAGCCUUUCCCCCAAACUUAACUUAAAACAUAACAUUAUCUAAAGGCUAUUAUGACAGACUACCGGUAUUAUUAUAAUAAAAUUUCCAUAGCAUAAAUUCAAUUAUCAGAAAAUGAAAAAUUUGCAGAAGGAUUAUUUAGAUCAUUUAUGAACUAUUUAGGUUCAUUAGGUUAUGAACCAUUUAGAUUCAUAAAUAUAAGAAGCAAAUAUACAGUGCUUCAUAGAUGCUAUUUCACCUUAAUAAUGUACACAAUUGUUGCUAGUGUUAACGUUGCUUUUUCUUAAUGUUUUCUUUUAAAAUAUCAAUUAUUUUCUUUUAUGCACUAAUAGUUUCACCUUCAGCAUCAGGUAAACAGGAAGUGCUAUUAAUUCCUUUUCCUGAUAAACAAGAAACAUCAUAAGUUAACAUCAUAAGUUAACAGAAGACAACCUAUGUCCCUUGACUUCCUUUUUUGCCAUUGUUGAAGUAUGCUCUGACAAAGAUUGUUCAAGACUGAAAACAUAAUUUCUUAACUUUUUCCAUAAAGAAAUUUAUGAAAACUGCAAUCUAAGCCCUAUGUUAUUUUACUUAUAAAAACUAUUAUUAAAUAUGUUUAGUAUAUGCCUUCUAGAUAUGUAGGCUUGCAAUUCAUAUCUUAAUUAUUCUUAGGAGAAUUCGCCUAUAUAAUUUUAACCUCAGUUUAUCUGAAAAACAUGUCCAUUAAUUAUUUUUAUUAUUUAUUUAUUUAUUUAUUUAUUCUGGCUGAGAGAGGGCUUAGUAAAUAGACCAGCUUGAACCAUCUUUGUCCAGAUACUUGCUCAGUUCCAAAAAUGGAAAAGAAACUAUAUACAAGAUACAAAGCAUGCUUAUAGUUGUUUUAGUCAUAACAUCCCUUUUUCCAAUCAUUAAAAUCACUGCUAGCUGGUCCUCCAUAUACCUAUUCAUGCAUGUUUUUCUAGAUGUAUCAGUACCCAGCAUUAAUAGCCAAUUUGAUCUGUAUACGUGUCAUUAUACCUGCCUGCAUCUAGCAAAGGACAGUGUGAACUUGGUCAGAAGCCUUAAUACAUUUGUUUGUUCAAAUAUUAUUGACUGUAUUAUAAAUGUGUUGUAUGUGUGUGUAUACACACACACAAACACACACAUAUAUAUACAUAAACACACACACCCAAGAAGUUUCCAUGAAGUUCAUACCCUUUAGUUUCAAAAAGGCAUGUUUGAAACAGCUGCUAUUAAACAAAAUUUAUGAGAUUUAGUUCACUGAGCUAUGUGGUUUGUUGUUUGAGACUUUAAUAUGUUUUUAAAAUAUGAUUGAAUUUUGGUACAAAACAUGGAGUCCAUAGUCUCAGUGGAACUGAAAAAUACAAUAGCAGGAAAAAAUAAAAGUGGUCUUAAAGUAGAAAGGGCAGUAUGAAGAUUAAAUCUUUGACAUUAUACGAAGCAUUUGAAGGCAGGCUUCACCAAGUGUACUGACAAAGUAUCUUCACUAAGUACUGAAGCAGCUGUUAUCGUUUAAAAUACAAAGCAAAAUGGCUGUGUCUACACAUGGGAAAGUCUUUGAAACAGUCCUGCUGAACUUUCAGCUGCCUCAGUUUCUAAAGCAUCAGUUUAUUUUGCAUAUAACGAUGGACAAAACAAUUUCUUUAAUGCUUUAUUGCAGAGUUAAAUUAUACUGGUUUAUGUGAAAUAAAUAUAAUCCCCCAAACAGAGAAUAAAAUACCCCUCUUUAAAUAUCCAUUUGGAAUGGGAAUUAUACAUGAUUAUGACAGUAUGUCCUUGGUAGUACAAUUGUAUUUCCCCACACACAAAAAAAUAAUUAGCAUAGUUCAGGGCUAUUAAUUAACUUCAUUAAAACCAUCAAUUUGGAUAAAUGAAUGUAAUUCUGUAUCCUAUCAUAAUUUUAUGACUGGUUAUGUUCAUAGCAUGUAUAGUAACAUUUAAAUGUUUUUCAUAUUUUCUGCUGAUAAGUAGAAUUACAUUAGCAACAUCGCUGAAACUUAAGUGCUUCAUAUUUUUAAAGAUUCCUGCAGCCUGUAUAGAUUUUGGCUAAAUAUCUGUCCUAUCUUUUGCAAUGUUGCUAUAGAAUACCUCUACUAAAAAUAUUUUGGGGAUCUAGAUGUUCUUGGCAGCUAGGCAAGUUGGUAGGAAGCAAUGUGUAUGACUAUAUUGUAAAUAAUGUACCCUUCCACACCCCAAAGCAUAACUUAAAAAGCUAUUAUAGUUUUAUUGAAACUGUUAAAUGAAAUUGUUUUUUUCCAUCUCAUAAUUUCACCAUCAUCUCUAUUUUAUAAAUGCAUUUAAAAUUAUAAAAUGAAAUAUGCUAUUUAUAUUAGACUAGAAAUCAUUUGUCCAUGGGGGGGAUGUAUGCCAAAUUUCUAUUAUUAGAACUGAAAAGUUGCCCAUCUAGCAACAGUAUGACUUUGCUAGUUCACUAUUCUUUUUAGCUAAAGUGCUCUUAGCUAGAAGGUAAGCUUGAUUCAAAUAUAGUCAUGGGCAGGUUUUCUCCCUCCAAUGAUUCAUAAUGUGGUUUGUUUGUUUGAUUUUGACUUAGGGUGAUUAUGUAGUGAGUCAUUAUGGUUUAUAAAUUAUGAUAUAGCUUAGCAUUAUUUGAUCCUGUGCAUUAUGGCAUAUUCAAUAAGUCAUGGUAAAAAUAAAUCAUGGCUUAGCGUGUUGUAGACCCAGUCAAUAUUCCCUGUCUUUCAAAUCAUGAUUCAGACUACAAGAGGCAACCUGAUACACUCAGAUACACCUUGGCUCACAAUUCCCAUUACUAAUGUUGUCCAUAAUGACUGGAAAAAAGCCAUCUUGGAUUAAGUUUAAAAAUUUAGUGGGAUGCUACUUGGGUUAUCUUUGAUUAAUUUGCUUAAUAUUUAGUUAGUAAAAAGGGUUCUAGUAAAAAGGGUAGUAAAAAGCCUUUAUGUAUACUAGUAUUCUAUCAUAAUGCAGCUUGAUUAUUCAAAAUUCUUAUUUCUGGCAAAAAGUAUGAGCUUGGUUUGAAGAUACGAGGUUGUAUAAAAUUAAAUGUAAUUUUCCAAAACCAAAUACCAAAAGCAUUGAGAAAGAAGUACAUGGAAUAUUGAUGAGUCAAUCUUGUAAAUCAUUGCUUAAAGCAUACCUAGUGCCUUUCAUAUGCUGCUGAAUGCAACUCUGACAGUCUCAGUCAUUUUGGCCAAGAGAAAAGGAUGUUGAGAGUUGUUUGGUAAUAUAUGAGGACUAUAACGUUUAUAGGAAUUUUAGAGAUUCAGAAAUGUUAUAGCUUUUCUUACAGAUGUCUGAAUCUUAAGCUUUAGCACAAACUAAUUUAAUAUUAGUUUAAUAAUAAAACACGUAAUCCUUCAUCUAGCUGGGAUUUCUGCGAGAAGAUGAACUCUAGACAUUAACUCCUUCAGUAAUAAUAUAUGCUCUUUAAAAUAUAGUUUCAUAUAUAGGGAGUGCUCAUUUAGUGAUUGUCUUGUUUAGUGCCCAUUUGCAGUUAAGACCAUGAUGAAAAUAUAACUUCAUGACCAGUCCCCACAUUUAUUACCUUUGCAAGUCUAUAAAGCAAAGGAAAGCUGAAGUAAGAUCAUAAACACAGUUGCACUUUCACUUGGGAAUUACUUUGCUUAAUGACUGAGUUCCCAGUUCUAAUUGUGGUCACUAAACAAGGGAUACCUAUAUUAAAUAUACACAUUUUUUUUAAAAAAGAUGCAAGUACAAAUCUUGAGAAAGUAUUCAUAUUUUUCAUAUGAAACCUGAAAAACAACUCCAGGUAAUAGGCUGAGUUAAUUUAGAAAUGAAAGAUGGGACUUCAUAUUAAGUUACAGCUACACAAUUAUUUAAAAUUUUUCUUUGAAACUAAAUAUUUAGCUUCUCAUUUCAAUUUCCUUCAUUUCAGAAAAAAAGGUUUGUUUUAACACAGCAGUACCAAGAUAAAGAGAACCUGCUUCAGAUCCAAAGCAUAUGACAACAACCAAGGCCUUGGAUUACAGUAGUUUUGUUUUUAGUGAGGGUUGUUUUUGUUUCUGUUUUUUCAUUGAUAAAAUCUGGCCCUGACUUGCUGAGCUGUGGUGAUGAUGAUGCAGAGGCUGAGCCAGGAUAUUUCAUGCUGAGCAGCAGAGGGUGGGGGGGGGCUUAGCAAGAAGGAGCUUUCAGUCAAUUCAUUGAAGAUUUGGGGAGAGAAAAAGCAGCAGGCUAUAAUCAAAAUCAGAGGGAAGGGGAAAAGUUUAUGAGGGGAAAAGCAUAUGGACAAGUUGGAUCAAAAGAACCUUAGAAGACCUAGAACUGACAGAGGAAAAGAAGAUAGAAUGAGGGAGUUCUCUUGAAGGAGAAGCAGAGUAUGUGGCAAAAAAACCCACAAGUACAGAAAAAGCAGUGACUUUAUAAAAAAGAUAAGGUGAUGCUAUACUGAAGGAAAGUGGAGGUUUCCUGAAAGAAAAUGAAAAUAACUGGCUACAAUUAUUAGUUUAGUUCUCUUAAACUAGAUAAUCUUAGAUUUGUUAUAAAGAAAAAUUAAGCUACAUUUGCUCUCUCUAUGAUAUGAAUUAUUAAAGUACCAUAAGCAUAGGCUAGGAUAUACUGACCAAAACAAAACAUGAACAGAGUAUUGCUUCCAACAGGGAGGCCCUCUCAUAAUCCAUGGCUAAUACUCUUAAUAAAGAGUAGUUGCUACCCACAAUUAGGGUAGAAAGCAGUGGUGGGCUGCUGCCGGUUCGGACCGAUUCGGGCAAACCAGUAGUUCUGAUGUUCAGCUGCACCUGCCCCCGCCCUAUCCUGUCCUAUAUUUUCUUCUUUCUGGCUCAGCUGAUUUGCGCUGUACAGCUGAUUUCCAUACCUCCACUGUUCUACUUACCAGGGCUGUCAUAGAAGUAAGCAGCUGAGCUUCAAAUUGCUGUAUUUUGAAUGCUGCGUGCAAGUGCAUUAGGUGUUUGUACGUGUGAAGCACACGUACGCACACAAAUCGUGUGCUCACAGAACUGGUUGUUAAAUUGGUUGCAGCCCACCACUGGUAGAAAGUGACUAUUGGUGAAUUAUUGCUACUUGAAGAAUCUUGCAGUGAAAAUAGACAUUUACAAAAAGGUUUGCUAGGUUGUAUCUUUUCCUCUCAUUUUGCAUGUAAACUGAUUGCCUCUGUGUAAACUGAGUACAUGUUAAGUAAUAUUACAGUUUCCUCAUUAGAUUUCUUUAAUGUGUAUUGCAAGAUGCUUAAGUACAGUGGAACAGUACUAGGAAAGAAGGCUGCUUAUUUUUCAGUUCAUACUUAUUACCAAAGUAUAGUAUUUUUUUAUUUUUCAAAAGAGGGUAUAAGAUUUUACAAAUGUAAGUCAGAUUCAGUUUCCCCUAAAUAGGUCUGAUAUAGCAAUUGGAAAAAGUGAAGGAAAUGUCUAUUAAGAAAAAUCUGCAAAAUGUGGAAGUCUUAGUGAAAGAGAGAAAACUCAUUCUCUUGCUUGGUAGUCAGUACUGUGCACACACUUUUAUUACAAUAGAAAGAUACUGUGCUUGUCAAUAGAUAAUCAAAAUAAUUGCAGAGAUGGCAAGGUAUCUUCUACCUGCAUAUUUUAAGAUAGUGCUGUGCCUGUAAUUGGGAACAUAGGACUUGGCUGUUCUUGCAUCAGAGUUUGCUAUGCUAUCACUUGAUUGAUCAUCUCAAAGCAGCUAUGUCAGUAUCAGAAUAGUUUAGAUACAUAGAUCAGAUAUCAUUAGAUAAACAUCUUAAGGCAAGAUAAAUUUCCAGAAUUUUCAGAAUAUUCUUAAAGGGAGUUUGUAAACUUGCCAGUUUAAAAUAAGGCUAAAUGUAAUAAUAAACAUAGAUAAAAUCCGGUCUUUAUGGAAAAGAAAUGAAUGGGAAGAAAGUGAGUGUGUUAGCCUUACAGCAUUGCCAUUUAAUCCAAGAUAUCGGCAUAGGCUACUGUGGGAAGCAAAAGAAACUAGGAACAUACUUGGAUCUUAGGUCAUGGCUUUCAAAGGAGAGUAUGUUCUUUUACACAGUGUGCAAUACAUUUAGCAUUCCCACUUUCCAAACUAUCGGCUGUCCUGAUUCUAGAUGUGCAUUAGGCUGAUAAAAGCAACUUUAGAAAGACUUGGAAAUAGGCAGCUGCAUUGAUAGAAGAUUUUUUCUGAUUGCUUGGGGGAGGUGCAGCAAAAUAUUCAUCCUAUAUACCUUUUGUAAGCUUAACAAUAUUUCCUUUCUGGAAGUUUUUUCAGAAUAUAGGAAGAAUCAUAUUCACAAUGCAGUUGUUAGUUUAUUUCUGCAUGUUUACCCUGCACACUCUUUCUAAGAGUUACCAAGCCUGCAAAAGAGAUCGUAACCAUUCAUUACUUACUUACACUGCACAAAUCUUUGUCACAAUAAGUUUUGUUGAGUUUAAAUAGAGUUGGCUUGUUGCUCUUCUUAGUAGAUUUAACAAAUUAAUUCUGCAGAAGCAAUUGCCCAGUAACAAAUUAUCCAAUUUCAGUUAACAGAUGGGAAAUUUCCAUUUCUGAAAGUUCUCGCCCACAGCAAUUCUUCAUGAAAAUCUUUGUUUAUACUUCAAGAUAAAAUAGCCACCAAACCUCUACCAAGAUUGGGCCUCUUUUGUUAGAGAUGGACUGUAAUUGAACAAUCUUCCCGCCAGUCCUUCAUUAACUAUCUUUCUAGGAAACUGAAUACUCUGGCAGACAAAAAGAUUUACAAUCAUUGCUAUUACUGGCAUUAUUGAAAAUAUUUCCCCCAUCAGAAAUUAUAGAUUUCAAUUUUCUGUGCAGAAAUAUAUAUUUUAGCAGAAA